CUUGAGUGCAGCAGUCGAUGAUGAAAAGUAAUGAUUAAAGCAACCAAAAUUGUUAUUAGGAAAAUUUUAUUUUUCAUUUUAACAUCAAAUCUCGAUCCUUUUGGUUCAUUUUCUGUGUGAUUCUUCAAUUCUAAUUUUGGAAGUAGGACAGUGGAUAAAAAUAGUCACGAUGGAUCACUUUGAGGAUUUCUUGAGAAUGGAAAUUAAUGUGAACCAAGCGAUUCAGUAUCAAUUCUACCAGUAUGAACGAUUGCUUGGAGCACUAUCAACAUUUUUCGGACCGACUUUCUUGUACUUAUAUGCUAUUCCGAUUUUAUCAGCACUAAACACGAAGCUUUAUAAGAAAUUAAUGAUUUCAUUACUUGCAAGUGACUUUCUCAAUGCAUUAUUAAAAUGGAUAUUAAAUGAAGAUCGACCAUAUUGGUUUAUUCAGGAAGCAAAAGGAUAUACAGACUUAACAAGACCAAUCCUAUAUCAGACAGAUCGCACAUGUGAAACAUCGGGCGGAUCACCAUCAGGCCACAUGAUGCUGUCAUCAUGUUUUAUGUUCGUGUUACAUGAUGAAAUCAACGAACUAAUCGACAAUAAUGUCUCACAAUCUUAUAGAAUACAGCUGAGAAUACUCAACAGAUUUAUAGUCAUUGCCACGUUAACCUUAGUCGCAAUCUCACGAAUGUUUUUCUCCGCACACUUUUUACAUCAAUGCAUUUUAGGAUGUGUAAUUGGAAUAAUUGUAUCAAAAUUGGCAUCAGCCGAGAUAUACACAGACAAUAUACUCAAGUUUCGUAAACGUGACUGGCUAAAGAUUGCUAUUGCUAUGACAAUAUCUGUUGUUACAAUUUAUUGGGGACAUAAAGUUAUUUCGGGAAACCCUAUGAAGACUGUUCAUCUCGCAUUUAAACAUUGCUCAAAUCCAUUAUUUCCCAGUCCUGAGACAACUGUUGUUUUUUCUGCUUUACGAUGUAUUGCCUUGACAUGUGGAUUGAUGCUUAAUGCUCCGUUAGAUACAAGGGCUCUUCAAUUAAACUUCAAACGAAGCAUACUCGUGACACCUGUGCUCAUUGCAAUUCAAUCAUAUGUCAUAUCAAACACACCAAAAACAUACAAGAUAAUUGUAUUCUAUAGCUAUACAUUUGUCACGUACGCACUGUUUCAGUUCCUUUACAUUUUUAUAAUUUCCAAAUAUUGCGUCAGAAAAGACCCCAAAAAGGACAAAGAGAAUUAAAAAAAUUAUUGUGAUAACUCGUUAUAGUCAAAUUGAAAAUUAUUGUAACAGAUAGAAAAUAUUUAAAUAAACUUAUCAAAAC